AUGCCUGCCGAUGAAAAUCAAAAAUUCACUGGACAUCUUGGUAGUUUGAGUAAACAUCAAGCUGAAACCUUAGAAACUUUCCGUAAGGAAAUUAAGGAAGCUGGUAUUUUCGAAGAAAGACGUCACUUUGAUGCCUGUUUACUUCGUUUUUUACGUGCCAGAAAGUUUGACCUUCCUAAAACUAAAAAAAUGUUUAUGGAUUGUGAGAAAUGGCGAAAAGACUUCGGAGUUGACGAUUUAGUCAAGAAUUUCGAUUAUACGGAACGGGAGGAGGUUAUGAAACAUUUCCCUCGAUAUUAUCACAAGACCGACAAUGAGGGACGUCCUAUUUACAUAGAAGAAAUUGGAAGAGUUGAUAUUAAAUCUUUAUAUCAAAUUACUACCCUUGAACGUCAAAUUCAAAACUUGGUUGUGGAAUAUGAAAAACUUGCAGAUAUUCGACUUCCAGCUUGUUCGGCAAAAUGUGGUACCCUUAUCGAAACUUCUUGUACCAUCUUAGAUCUUAAAGGUGUAUCUUUGCGUUCUUUCUCGAAUGUAUUUAGUUUCGUUAAACAAGCUUCUAAUAUUGGACAAAAUUAUUAUCCGGAACGUAUGGGUAAAUUUUAUAUCAUUAAUGCUCCUAUGCUUUUUUCUUCUGUGUGGGGUAUUGUAAAACCUUUAUUGGAUGAAGUGACUGCUGCCAAAAUUACAAUUUUGGGUUAUAAAUAUCCAUCAACAUUAUUAAAAAAUAUUCCUGCCGAAAAUUUACCUGCUGCUUUUGGAGGGAAAUGUAAUUGUGAAGGUGGUUGUCAACUUAGUGAUGCUGUUGCAAUAGAAU